AUUACUAAAUCGACCGAUAAACAUCUAAUCUGAUUAAUGCCAACAGGUAAUUAAUAUAAAAGAGACGUUACAAGAGGCCGUAGACGUACAAGAAUGAAAUGACUGACGAAAAUCCUGGCUGCCAAUUCUGGAAGAAACAAAUACGUCCGAAUUGUUUAAGUUCAUAUGAAAAGAAUAACAAAGAAAACAACAACAGAGAGGAAAAUACGGACAUGUGACUGUGUCUAACGUUCACAAAGUCACUCUAAACAAGCACAAGCAACAAAAGCUAUCAGUUGCGGAGACUCGUACACCGUGGCUAACCACCUACACCGUAGUUAUACGACACCCUUAAAACGUAUUCACAUUAAAUGCUUCCAUCACUUAUGUUCUAAGGAGUCUAUCUAACCACUGUGCAAGAAUAACAUGGAAUGUAAAGAAUCACGUACCCUCCUUUUUGAACUUCCCUCGUCGGCGCGCAGCAGAUGACAGCUACACCAGUGACACCUAUCGCCACUGUUUCCAGACACGACCUUCCUGAAGGUGACUAUCCCAUUCGCGGUCUGUGUUGGUUAGGGGUCGGAAGCAAAGUGUAAGGAUGGCAUUACCUCAGUCUGAUAUCGAGAAGAGGAAGCAGAUUAGCGUGAGAGGAAUAGCACAAGUGGAAACUGUAUCUACAUUAAAGAAAUCGUUUAAUCGGCAUCUGCAUUACACUCUUGUCAAAGACCGAAAUGUUUCGACACCGAGGGACUACUAUUUUGCUUUAGCCCACUGUGUUAGAGACAAUUUAGUCUCAAGAUGGAUCAGGACACAGCAGUAUUAUUACGAAAAAGACCCAAAGAGGAUAUACUACCUCUCACUGGAGUAUUAUAUGGGCCGUUCCCUUCAGAACACGAUGAUUAACCUUGGCAUACAGAAUGCAUGUGAUGAGGCAAUGUAUCAGCUGGGGUUAGAUAUAGAAGAGUUAGAGGAACUUGAGGAAGAUGCUGGUUUGGGUAAUGGAGGUCUGGGACGCCUUGCCGCAUGUUUCUUGGACUCGAUGGCAACCCUUGGGCUUGCUGCUUAUGGAUAUGGAAUUCGAUAUGAGUAUGGUAUAUUUGCUCAAAAAAUCAAGAAUGGACAACAGGUUGAAGAGCCAGAUGACUGGUUAAGAUUUGGAAAUCCAUGGGAGAAGGCACGACCGGAAUACAUGCUACCAGUGAACUUCUAUGGGAGAGUGGAAGAUACUCCCCAGGGCAAGAAAUGGGUUGAUACACAGAUUGUGUUUGCAAUGCCAUAUGACAGUCCAAUUCCAGGAUAUGGUAACAAUGUGGUCAAUACUUUGAGACUGUGGUCAGCAAAGUCACCUGUUGAAUUUAACCUCAAAUUUUUCAAUGAUGGUGAUUAUAUUCAGGCUGUAUUGGACAGAAACCUUGCAGAAAAUAUUUCACGUGUAUUGUACCCCAACGAUAAUUUCUUUGAGGGUAAAGAACUAAGACUGAAACAAGAGUAUUUCAUGUGUGCUGCAACCCUUCAGGACAUAAUACGGCGUUUCAAGGCCUCUAAAUUUGGCAGUCGUGAUGCUGUGAGAACCUCAUUUGAUCAAUUUCCAGAGAAGGUUGCAAUACAACUAAAUGACACUCACCCAUCAAUGGCUAUUCCAGAGUUGCAACGAAUUCUUGUGGAUGUUGAAGGUUUACCUUGGGAGAAGGCUUGGGAUAUUGUGGUACGUACCUGUGCAUACACAAACCACACUGUGCUACCUGAAGCUCUGGAGAGGUGGCCUGUGCAUAUGAUUGAAAUAAUUUUGCCACGGCACAUGCAGAUCAUCUACUACAUCAAUCAUCUCCAUCUUGAGGAGGUUGGCAAGAAGUACCCUGGAGACCUAGACAAACUACGGCGUAUGUCUCUGAUUGAAGAACAUGGUGAAAAGACGGUCAACAUGGCACAUCUUUGCAUUGUUGGUUCACAUGCUGUAAAUGGAGUUGCAGCUAUUCAUUCAGACAUUCUGAAGAAAGAUGUGUUCCAUGACUUUUAUGAGAUGACACCUCAUAAGUUUCAGAACAAGACAAAUGGAAUAACCCCUAGAAGAUGGUUGUUGCUCUGCAACCCUGGACUGGCUGAUCUCAUUGCAGAGAAAAUUGGUGAAGACUGGAUUGUACAUUUGGAGCAACUCCAGAAACUAAAGGCAUUUUCAAAGGAUGCAACAUUCCAGCGAGCUAUCCUGAAGGUCAAACAGGAGAACAAGCUGAAACUGGCCCAACUGUUAGAAAAAGAGUAUAAUGUGAAAGUAAAUCCUGCUUCAAUGUUUGAUAUUCAGGUGAAGAGAAUCCAUGAAUACAAGCGCCAGUUGCUAAAUUGCCUUCAUAUAAUAACAAUGUACAAUAGAAUUAAAAGGAACCCUAAUGUCAAGAUCUCACCUCGUACUAUUAUGAUUGGUGGCAAGGCUGCUCCAGGUUAUUAUAUGGCAAAGAACAUUAUCAAACUAAUAUGCAGUGUUGGUAAUGUUGUGAACAAUGAUCCUGUUAUUGGUGACAAACUGAAAGUGAUCUUCCUCGAGAAUUAUAGGGUGACUCUGGCAGAAAGAAUAAUGCCAGCAGCAGAUCUGAGUGAACAAAUCUCCACAGCAGGCACUGAAGCUUCAGGAACUGGGAACAUGAAGUUCAUGUUGAAUGGUGCUCUCACAAUUGGCACAUUAGAUGGUGCAAAUGUAGAAAUGGCAGAAGAGAUGGGCCGUGAUAACAUUUUCAUCUUUGGCAUGACUGUUGAUGAAGUAGAAGAACUGAAGAAGCGUGGCUACAAUGCUUACGAGUACUAUAAUCGUAACCCUGAAAUUAGGCAGUGUAUUGAUCAGAUACAGAAUGGUUUCUUCAGCCCAGGCAACCCUGAUGAGUUCAAAGAUGUUGCUGACAUGCUAAUGAAGUUUGACAGGUUCUAUUUGUUAGCUGACUAUGAAGCAUAUAUUAAGUGCCAAGAAAAAGUUGGUGAAGUGUACCAGAACCAGAGCAAGUGGACAGAAAUGGCAAUAAACAAUAUUGCUUCAUCUGGGAAGUUCUCAAGUGACCGCACAAUAGCAGAAUAUGCAAGAGAAAUCUGGGGUGUGGAACCCAGUUGGGAAAAGCUUCCAGCACCGCAUGAACCACGUGAAGAGGAUGCUGCCAAAGAAGCCCCCUCCAAACAAGCUAAGAAGUAGAAUGGCUGCCUCUGAAAAGACCAUUUCUGUGUGGCACACUCUGCUGCUGUGUGCAAGAAAUGUUUAGUGCGCUUGCUGUAAAGAAAAGAACAUUUCUUUGCUGGGCAGGUCUGCCACUGAAAGACUCUUGUGUGUAUAAGAGUGCUGACAUCAUGUAAAUACAUUGUGCUAUUUUCAGAAAUAAAAGUAAACUAAAUUUUAUUUUAUUUUUAUUUAUUUUUGCAUAUAAAGUAGCCUGUUUUAACAGGCUGGCUGGGCAUUAAAAUUUGGAGAGUGUAGAAAGAAUGUUUUAAGCUGUCUUCCUCUUACAGUACAACCAAUGACAAAUAUUAAGUAUUUUAAUAUAGUACUUGUAUUAUUACUGCUCACUGCCAGUAUAAGCACCGUGAAAUUCACCUGCACAUGUAAAUAAUACAAUCUUCAUCACAAUAUGAAAUAAAUGUAAUUUUAGGAAACUUCUUGUAUUAAAUUAGAUAAGAACUUAUUUACACAACAAAAUUUUCCAACUCUGUUCAGAAAAGCAAUUAGUGAUAUGUUACAAACUGAUACAUUUCGUUUCUGUGGGGCAUGUUUCUUAUAUUCCGGUGAAAAUACACUGUUUCAUGUAGGUAUGGCAGCUUAAUAAUAUAUUAUAACAAUGGAAAAUCCAGGUAGGAUCGUAACAACAUUAUGAAAAGUAAUUCUGAUGUUGUUUUAGAGAAAUUGUCUACUCAUGUGUUCUUUGAGAAAUUAGUGCAAACUAGCUCUUCCAGUUUUCAUUUGAUGGUGGUUAAUGCGUUGCAGAAAAUUUCAGGUUUUUGAAAAUUUUACCCUCUAAUCCUUUCAUUGGCAAUGCAAUGUCUUAACUACAACAAAAGUGAUCCCCCUUUUGCUGAAGCUCAAGCAUUUUACAAGCCCAAUACAAAGUAUGGCUUGGCGUAAAAACACAAGAAGUAAGUAAAAGGUUUGAAUGCAUACUUUGUUAUGAUUGUCAUUGUAAUCACAAUGUCCACAAGACAGUGGAUGUAAUGCUCAUUAUUGUCCUCUUUCCCCCCCCCCCCUUUUCCAUAUGAAACCUUUAGCAGAUACUAGUAUGCAACAGUGGCCCAGUGCAUAGCCUAAUCUCCAACCCUGGCAACUCAGGCAACAUUGUAACAGCAUUAAAAACUAGAUUUAUAAUUCAUAUUGCUGAAGUUCUAUGCCAUUCCAUUGUAGUUAUCCCAUUCCAAAUCAUGGCAUCAACUAUGUAAACCAUCUUCAUCUGUUUUACCUUUAUACUAUUCUGUCUUCCACUGUUACUUAACAUUUUGCUUCAAUUACAGAAAAUAUUGUUCACCUCAUACCAUAAAUUUUCAUACUGGUUAUUUGUUCUUCUUGUUUUCAAUUCACUAUAAUGUAUGAUAGUACUGGAGAUAACAUAACUGUACAUACUGAAUGUAGAUGAAGCCAUUCUGUAAUACAUUCAGACAUGUCGAACUAUUUUAUAACAAUUAACUUGUACCUUAUUUUAUUGGGUUUUUGCAUGUUAGUAAUUUAUGACUUGCGUGAAUGCAUGCUUCUGUUGUACAUUUGUUAUAAUACUAAUUUUUGUAUUUGCUGUAUGGAAAAGAGAUCUGAAUAAAAACAUAAAACCAG